AUGAACAGCAACAACGAAGCAGAGAAUGUUGAACUGCACUUACAGGAGAUUUUGCUCGCGGCUUCUCAGCAUGAUCUGACCACAUUGCGACAUCUCCUGCGAUCAUAUACUUUCUCUAACUGCAAAUCUGUCGAUGUACAAGAUCCAGAAACAGGCUACACACCACUACAUGCGGCCAUAGCUGCGUGCGAAGCUGAGGAAGACAUAGAGCCGGCCACCUCCGCAACUCCGCGCAAUGGAUCUUCCCUCGAGCAGGUGACCAACGGCGCCCCAGCAACCUCAGGCAGAUCGAGCCAGGAGAAAGAGCUUAUGCUACGCGCACAAGAGACUGUGCGAUGUUUGCUUCAAAAUGGUGCCAUCUGGAACCAGCUCGACAAGAACGAUGAGACGCCAGGGUGCAUUGCGAAUAGACUGGGCUUUCAGCAACUGUAUGAGCUCAUGGUAGACGCUGGGGUACGCGCGGAACUACUCUUGAAUCGUCUUGAAGGAUAUGAAAAGCUGGAUGACUCGGAAGAAGAUGAAGUAACCGGGCCUGCAGACGACCGGACAAAUGAAACAAGCCAAUCUUGUGAUGAGCCUCCGCAAUCAAACAUAGUCGUGCCCCUAGAGACUGAAAGCAAUAUUGCUCAUUAUCUGUCUUCUGCUCUCUCUAUCAGCGCCGAGAGGAUUCUCGACGAGGACUCGAAUGGUGUCAUGAUGUCUUGGGAAUCAGAGAUAAUGUCACAAUCAGCGAAUGCGUUGUUGGUGGCCCCAAAUAUGAAAGUCAUGAAUAUAGGGUUUGGCAUGGGCAUAAUCGAUGACCAGUUUCAACUCCACCACAACAGACCUUCAAGUCAUCAUAUUGUUGAAGCACAUCCUACUGUGCUAGCGGACAUGAAGGCUAAAGGCUGGCAUGAGAAAACAGGCGUCCUGGUUCACGAUGGGCGAUGGCAAGACAUCCUACCAAAGCUUGUCUCUGAAGGCCAGACUUUCGAUGCGAUUUAUUUUGACACCUACGCCGAAUCUUACUCGGAUUUCCGAGAUUUCUUCUCCGAGCAAGUGAUCGGCCUCCUGGACCCUACGGGAAAAUUCUCCUUCUUCAAUGGACUGGGUGCAGAUAGGCAGAUAAGCUACGAUGUGUAUCAGAAGGUCCUAGAGAUGGACUUGUUUGAGGCGGGCUUCGAUGUUGAUUGGCAGGAGCUGGAGGUUCCCAAGCUUACCGAUGAAUGGGAAGGUGUCAAUAGGAGGUACUGGAACAUCGAAAAGUAUCGAUUGCCCCGACUCGCCUUUCGCUCGACCUUCUACCUCCCCCAGCCUCUCGUCGACCAGAUCCCACGUCGCCGUUCCAACAAUGCAACAUCGAACAUUCUUCUCACGUCAUCUUCCGAGAUGUCAAGCACAGGUGCGACUUGA